AUGAGUGAUAUAUUAUUAAUCACUUAAGAGCUAAUCAAUGAUGUUGAAAGGUGAAUUUUUGAAUUAUACAUUUAGAACUAUCAAUUACUUUACAGUAAGUGAUCCAAGAAGAAAGAAUAAAUUCAUAUAUCAAUAUUUAUCUGAUUUUUAUUUAAAGCAAAAAAUACCAUUAGACAAAGUUAUUCAAUUCUUUAGAAACAUCUAAGUAAUAAAUAUAUUUAUUAGUGGUUAGUAAAAUGAAUCUUCUUUUACAAUUCUAUUAGAAAAUCUCUAUCUAUGUACUAUGGUGAUUUAAUAAAUGUCUGAUUCAAGAAAACUAUUAAUCUAAUUAUUGUAAAGUUUAGCAGAAAGAUUGACAUAAACAUAAAAAUAAAUUUUUUUUGAUAAUUUUGAUGAAGAAGUAUUAUGGGAAUGUGGAUUUGUUUAAUAAGAUACAUUUUCUUAAAGAAAAAGGAAAAUAAACACAGAUAUUAAUUUUUGUCAAAAUAAAUUUUGGUCUAUGAAGGAUGAAAAUGAAGGUUAUUGCAAAUUGAUGGUUGAAAUUUUAGAUGCAUCAAAACACACUGAUUUUUAUGAUGAAGAAAUUUAAUAAAGAAUUGAAAAUAUUAUUCAUUUAAUUGGAUAUUUUGAUUUGGAUCCAGACAGAGUAGUUGAUAUUAUCAUUCAAAGUUGGAUAGAAUAUCCAUAUAGUUUAUCAUAUGUCAAAAUUCUGAAAUAAUUUAAAUGCAUAUCUGUUUGUUAAUUUUUAGGCAAAAGAUUUGAAUCAAUAGUUUAAACUCUCUCAAAUAACAAUAAUAUUAGUAUUUUAAUGACUAAAAUGGCUAAUGCUGCUUAGGUUUUGUAAACAGAUUAGAAAAUUCCAGAUCAUAAAUUGAUUAUAAUAACAGCAACUGCUUUAAAAUAUAAAUUAUUUGAAGUUGGAAAUAUUUGGAAAUAUUUAUAACCAAAUGAUUAAGAUUUUUCAAAAAUCUUUGAAGAUUUAGCAGAUGAAAGUUAUAAAUGUUAUAAGUCUUUUGAUAAACUCAUGCAAAUAGAAGGAUAAAGAGAUUAAAGAAAUAACAAUGAUUAAUCAGAAAAAUUGAAGAAAGAUUUAUUUGGGCAAUAAUUAUGUAAAUAAAUAUUAUUAAAAUAGAUAAUUAAAAAUUAUGGUUGAUGUAAGGAUUAAUACACAUAAACGCAUUCAAUAUAUUUUAAGAGUUAUAUAAAUCAUUUGAAGGAAUCAUAGACUUUACAAUAUUUUUACCUAUAAAAAGUAGUUUGGCUGAUCUAAUUGAGUGGAUGAUUGAUCCUUUACAUGAGUAAUAUUUUAACAAAACUUUAUUCAAGAGUAGAUCUAGAGAACAAAAAAAGGUAAUUUUAUCAUUUAACUAUAUAGUUUGUAUAUGAUCCAAAUUGUACUACAGCAUUUUAGAUAAAAUAAUUAACUAUUAUUGAUGAAGAUGCAAUCUCAAUAUUAAAUGAAAUACUUACAAUAUUUUCUCCAUACAUUGGUGAAUAUCCUUUAGUAUUUCAUAAAUUAUGUAAAGUAUUGAUAAAUUCAUAAAAUCCUGAUGUCUAACCAUUAAUCCUUGAUCAUUUAAUUCCGGGUAUAUAAAGUGGGGAAUGCUUAGCAAUUGUUAUUGAAUUAUGGAAAUUUUUGGGAUAAUUAGAUUUUCGAAAAAGAUUUGACUGUUAUUCAAAAUGGAAAGAUAUUCAUUAGUUCUCAACAAUCAAUUAGACAAUUCGAGCAGCAUAAUUAACUAAAGAGCACAUAAGAAAUUUCUUUAAUAAAAUUGAUAAGGAUAAUAAAGAGAAAAUGAUGAUAAAAUUUGCUAAACUAUCACACAAUUAACCUAUGAUUGUAAUGAAUGAUUUAAGGAGAAAUAGAUUAGAUACUCCAGAUAAUAAUUUUGUGAUUGUUCAUGCUUUAGGAUUGGCCACUCCUUUAUCUUUGGAUAUAUUAUAAUUUAUACUAAUUUAAUGCUUGUGUGAUUACAAUGAUGAAUCAAAGGUGAGAGAUAAAGAUAUUGAAUGUCGAUAUUGGUUUAAGAAUAUUGCAUAUUUCAUAGCAAGUUUGCUUAGAAAAUAUUACACAAUUGAUAUGCAAGGGUUAUUUGCCUACUUGAUAGAUGUGUUUUCAACUUAUCAAAGUAAUUAAUAAAUCUCGAAAAAUGAAUCUAUAAUAAAACCAGAAAUGUUAAUUUUAAGGGAAUUGAUUGAAAAAAUGACAGGUAUUGUUCAUAUUGAAGAUCUUACACCUUAAUAAAUCUAAGCUUUGGCAGGAGGAAGAUAUAUAUAACUUGAAACCACUUCAUAAACUAAUGAAUUUAGAAGAUCAAGAAAAAGUUCAAGUGCUUUAGAGUAGUUCUUUUGGUCAUAAACAAUUAAUUCUCAAAAGAUUUUGAAUUAAAAUAAUUAAGAGGAAGUAGUUUCAUUGGCUUUUUUGAUGUUAGUAGUAUUAUGUUAACAGAGGUCUAGAUUUAUCUUAAAUUAUCAUAAUUAAAAUUUGAAACCUUUGGCAGCAUUAUAUGACAAUUUUACUUGUAGUAUAAAUUAACUUACUAAAUGCUUAUUGUUUUAAACAGACAAACCAACUCAUUAUGCUUAAUUAUUUCCAGAAAACCCCAUUGAAAGAAUGGUCAUAGAUUUCAAGUUACCUUUUGAGAUAGCUUUUCAUAUUGUGAGAUAUAGUUAUAAAAGCUUGUAUAAUAUGAGUGAGGAGGAAUUUUAAGAAGAAGUAGAAAAUAUUAAAAGCAUAUAUGAUAAGAUUGAUCCUAAAAUAAUGUAUAUCAAUCCAGACAUAAACAAUUAGUAAUUACCAUAAUUGCCUUUAAUAUGUCAUACUUAUGUAAAAGAUAUUUUGUGGACAAUUAUCAAUCCUGAAUUUUUUGCAAUAUUUUGGCUGUUAAGUUUAGAUAAUAUUUAUGUUCCAUAAGCUAUUUAUGAUUAAUAAUUAAAAUGGUUGUAAGAAAACAUUAAUAAAAAUCCUGAUACAAAAGACAGAUAAAGCAAAUAAAAUUAGAAGGCAUUUGAAAAAUUAUAGAAUGAAUUAGACAAUAAUAUAAAACGAUAAGAACAAUUUGAUAAAUUUUUGAGAGACAAAAAACAAGUUUUCAGUUUCAAAGAAGUUGAUCAAGCAAAAGAAAAUUAUCAUAUCAAAUUUGCUUAAUGUUUAUCAUAAGCGUGUUUGUUACCAAGAAUUUUGAUAGAUCCAGCAGAAGCAAUAUAUUGUGCAAAGUUUGUACAAAAAAUGUUAUAAAUUGGUAAACCUAGAUAUACUUAUACCUUCUAUGUACCUAAGGAAAUUAUAUAUUUUACAUUUACAUAUUUAUAGUGUGCAACUGAAGAGGAGGCAUCAAAUGUGAGUAUUUUUAUUUAAUAACUGAUCAUACCAUAUGCUAAUUGGAAUGAUGAAACUAAGUUUAAGAAUGACCUGAAAAACUAUUUUGACACAACUAUAGAGGGUUAUGAUAAAGAAAAGCAGUAUAUUAUUUAAAAUAUAUUUUUUAAAAUGGCUUCGUUCAUCAGAAUUUUGAAAAAUAAUGAGAUAUAGGUAUUUGUAAUUAGUUUAAUAUUAGGUUCGAAAUGCUUUAAUAUUUUUAAAGAGAGUCUAAGAUAUAUUUCCACCUACUUAAUAAAUUGCUGAACAUAUUAAAAUAUAUUUAUAAGAUGUAGAAAAAGAUUAUGGGCAUAUUCAAGACAUUAAAACUUAGAUUAAGAAUUUCCAUAUAGAAGAUAAAAUCAAUACUCUACCAGUGUAGACUCCGAAGACUAAUUUAAAUAAUACUGCACAGAAGUAGGUACCAACAAAUAAUGAAAAAAUAAAAACAAUUGGAAAAACUGGGGAUGUUGAAUAUGAUGAAUAAAAUCACAAAGAUCAAACUGAAGAUAAACAAGCUCCUAAAAAAAAGAAAAGUCAUGAUAAAGAAAGACACCCAAGAAGAUUAGAUAAAACAUGAAUAUUUGAUAUUAUAUAAUAAAGUAAAAACGUUGAC